UCUCUAAUAAGUGGUCUGUGCCUUGAUUCAAGACAAUUCGUUAAAGUUGGGUCUGUGGACAAUUGGUUAGCGACAGCGACAAUUAGCGACUGAGAUUAGUUUGCAUUUCUUGAUUGUUUUUCAUUACUUAAAGUGCAGAAUAAAAUAUUAUAUUCUAUUAAAAAUACGUUGAUGUGGUGAUUGCAUAUAUAUUCUUACAAGUAAUUUGCAUCAGAAAGACAUUCAGAAUAAUCGACACUGGACAAAUCUUCUGGCAAACUGUCAGCAAAUACAUUACUUAUAAUAUUUCCGACUCGAGAGUUAAAAAAUGCAUCGUCUAUUACCGAAUCUCCUUAACAGAUCUAAGAGUAUAAUUACUGGCUUAACCUCCAGAAGAAUAAAAGUUAAUAGUACAAUAUUUUCAAAAUAUUUUGCAACGAGUCCACAACUGCGCAAAGAAUGGCCACAAAUUCAAAGACCUGCUCCAGAAUUUUUGGGAACUGCGGUUAUCAAUGGAGACUUCAAAGACAUAAGGCUGAGUGACUAUCGUGGAAAAUAUGUUGUUCUCUUUUUUUAUCCCUUGGACUUCACCUUUGUUUGUCCUACCGAACUCUUGGCAUUUAGCGAAAGAAUUGCUGAUUUUGAGAAACUAAAUGCACAGGUUAUUGGAGUUUCCACGGAUUCGCAUUACAGUCACUUAGCAUGGAUAAACACUCCCAAGACGCAAGGUGGUCUAGGCGGUGAAUUAGGAUAUCCACUGUUAAGUGACUUUAACAAACACAUAUCUUCUAAAUACAAUGUACUCUUGGAAGAACAAGGUGUAGCUCUUCGCGGUCUAUUCAUAAUCGACAAGGAAGGCAUUUUACGCCAACUGAGCGUAAACGACUUACCAGUGGGGCGAAGCGUCGACGAAACGUUGCGUCUGCUCAAAGCUUUUCAAUUCGUCGAGACGCAUGGAGAGGUGUGCCCAGCCAAUUGGCAGCCGGAGUCCAAAACUAUUAAACCUAAUCCAAAGGACAGCAAAGAAUAUUUUCAGUCGAUAAAUUAAAACAAAGGAUAGAAUAAAAUGUGUUGUGCAACGUCAUGGCUGACCGACAAGGUAAUUUUGAUCGUUGAAUUGCUUAUUUACACAUUACCGACAUAUUAUAUGUAUAUACUAUACUCGCGUAGCAGAAACUGAUGUAAUUGAGGCUUUGCGUGAUCCCCGUAAAUUAGAUAUGAUGUACACGAAGUGAACAUUACAAAAUUUUAAACAAACGCUUAAAGCAGGGCAUCACGGAGUAGUACGUGCUGUUAAGAAUUACGAUACGUAUUUCACAUUGCGGAAAGAACGAGGUUAAAUCUUCCGCUGCUUGAUUUGAUUUUGUGUUAUGGCAAAAGGGAUAAUAACGGAACUAAUCAAGUCACCAAACGCAAUUUGCUGAUAUACUUCUCUCCGAUGCUCAUUUUACAUCGUGCGCACUCAAUUGUUAAACAGUACUGCGGGAAUAGUCAUCUAACUAAAAAAUGACACUGCGCACAGAUAAACACUUGUGCUUCAUUGCUUUAUCUCAUAAUACUUUUCUGCACGAUCUGCACCGAUUUCAUUGAGAAGUAUCAAACGACGAGAAUGCGACAUUAGCCGUGAUAACGUUACUGAACUGCUGAAGCAAAAUGAAAAAUCGCGACCAUCUUCGUCAUAUUGCCUUCGACGUUACGACAAUGGCCCCCCGAUUGCGGAUUCGGGGGGGCGGGUAAGAGGGCAGUGGCAGUGACUGCGCCAGUGUGAAUAAACGCGCAAUCCAUCCACAUCCAUCGAGGGUGCAGCAGGUUGGCGAAACUUUUGAUUACUUGUUUUAAUCUUCCGUGUACCGCGAGCCAGCAUCUGUCACUCAGUCUCCCUAUAAUUGUAAGCCGACCUCUUGCUAUUUGGUCGAAUGCUCAAUGCUUUCUUAUUACUCUUGUAUCGCUGCGUCGCUCACACUCACUGCGUCGUGAAUUGCAUGAAUAAUUGUAAUAUACGAAAAGUACCGAAUCAAUGAACAGGCACAACUUAUUGUAUCGCAGAGACUUGCACAGAAAUAGAGAGCGGGAUAAAAGAACUUAAGAUAUCUAUACUAUAAAUUGGCUUGUAAA